CGGCAAUUGAUGUCGCGGUCAUCGUCCAAGUCGAAAUCUGCGCAUACAGGACCCCCGCAGUCAGCACGUAUUCGUAUUGCAAAUGAAAGCGCUACACCAGACAGAGACGGGCCCAUUCCUUCUUCUUUAUCUUUACUAACUGCGCGCCGUCCCUCGUGGGCUCCUCCACUUUAUGACCAUACACAAGAAAUGUCCGUUGGACUUGGUUCCUAUCGUGAUGUACCAUCUUUCGGAACGACACAGACGGCGCAUCCAUCUUCUUCCCCCGAAGACGGUGGCAACUUUCGCAGAAAUCUCCAGAUAGACAUGAAGGAACUUGUCGGGGAUGCAGUCGGAAAUAUGAGUAUCAGCCCUGCGAGCAGAGACAUUGUCCUUGCAGCUCGCCGAGGUUUGUUUAUCAUUGAUCUCGAAGCACCCCUCGAGGUGCCACGUUUCCUUCCUCAAGGCGGAACCUGGGAUGUCGCUGACGUGCAAUGGAAUCCACACCGCGCUCGUGCAGAGUACAUUGUGUCUACCUCAUCCGAGAAACUCCUUAUAUGGAAUCUUAUGUUGGUCGGAAAGACGUCUAUUGAAUACAUACUUCACUCUCAUUAUCGUGCUAUCACCGACAUUAACUGGCAUACCUCGGAGCCCGAUACUGUAGCUAGUGUCGGCAUUGAUGCUUGGGUGUGGUCUUGGGAUCUAAGAUACCCAAGGAAACCCGUGCUAGGACUCUGCGCGUUCAACGCGGGAGGCACACAGGUAAAAUGGAACCGAAAAGAUCCCAAUGUUCUGGCAUCCUCGCAUAUGAAUGAAGUUCUAAUCUGGGAUCGUCGAAAAGGUUCGCUUCCUACUGCGCGAAUAAAGGCUCAUACUGCGAAGAUUUAUGGUAUAGACUGGGCGCAUGAGCGGAAGCACGACCUUGUUACUUGCUCUCUUGACAAAACCAUCAAAGUGUGGGAUGCGCAUGAUGCUCCUUCUUUCUCCCUUAAUCAGUCCUCGCAAGCCGAAAUUGAACCACGCUCGACGAUCUCAACGCGGUAUCCCGUCUGGCGCGCCCGAAACCUUCCUUUUGGACACGGCGUGUUGAGUUUGCCGCAGCGCGGAGAUACGACCCUUGAAAUGUACACACUAGAGGGGAGUGAGGUUGGAACGCCAGUAGAAGUGUUUGAGGGACAUGCAGAUGUAGUGAAGGAAUUUGUGUGGAGGAAGGGAGGAUUAGGAGGAGAAGAGCAUCAGCUUAUUACAUGGUCCAAGGACAGAACUCUCAGAUUCUGGCCGGUUGAUGCUGAAAUCAUGGAGAAAGUCGGUCAUACGGCUACCACUCAAGCACCUUCACACCCUCAUUUGCAACGUUCACGUUUCUUCACGGACAAGUCUUUUCGCCACCCGCCAACAGCGCCUGAUGCGCACCCCUCGUUUCUAUCAGCACCUAUUGGGCCUCGUGGAAUUCUGGCUGAAGUGAGAGCGAAUACACUUCCCCCUCGAGUACCAACAACCACAAUUACUGGCGCUAGUGUUCUUGCGAUCAGAGACAAAGACCAUAACCCCGUCCUUCAACCACACCACGGAUCUGCGGCACGGGCCCGUGGUGCACUGCUUCUGGACGCUCCUGGGUCAGCCGCACUCAAUAUUCCCGGUAUUAUGUUAAAGCCGCACAUUCAACAUAUCCCUGGGACGCCCGCAACGAUGACGAUGACCCGUGGUCAUGCGCUUGGCGGCAGAUCUGCGAGAAUGGACGCCUUCCAGUGGCUUGCAAGCAUCAAGGUUGGCGAACGGCGCGAGGACAGCGCUUCCGGACCAGAAAGUAGGCUAAGUUCAGGAGAACGAAGGGAAGUGCGCGACGGAAGCGUUCCAUCGGGCCAGAAGAGGAAACGGAGUGGGAGUCGUAUCAUGGAUGGAGAAGGAACGCAGAGCUUGCAAGACGAGAUUACUUCUGCGUUGACGAAGCUGCAGACGUCCAAAAUAAAACUUGAAAAGCACGAUCUUAUGAAGCGACGUACAUGUACCCUUGGUCUGCAUGGGCCAUGGGGCGAGUCAUCUUCUGUCAGCGUGUUCAUACGCGUUUCCUUCCGAUUUCCUAAGACAUACCCUCAAUCUGGCGUACCUGACAUUGACCUUGAGCGAAACCCCCUGGUUUCGAUGCAAAGUCGCGCAUUCAUGUUGAGACGGUUGAGAGGUAUUCGAGAAAGAAGAAGACCGUGCCUCGAAGCCUGCCUGAGAUUCUUACUUUUUGGGGAUGAAGAUGAGAGAGUUGGCAUCCCGAGAGGAAUUGAUUCGGAGUCAUCCAACGAAGAGGAGGAAGAUAAUGCACGGAAAGGAGAGGGAGGGAGAAAGUCAAGGGAUUUUACGGUUUCAUUGUUGAGGAACAACAAGAAUCUCGCGGAACCAAGGACUUCACAAGGUGUUUUUGGGCCGAACGGAGAGCUGGUAUGUUUCUUCCGUGCGCCGCCCCGGAUAGUGCGCAAUCCCAUGAACGAGAUGUCGGCUUCUCCGGCCACAACUCCAGCAUCACGCUCAUCACCUUCUGCUCAGAGGUUGUUCCAAUCUCCCGCAUUGCUCUCUGAUGCCGUCCGACGGCUUGGUAUGGCUGCAAUCGAUCGUGACAGGCUGGACUCCCUUCCACAGUCAUCCGGCGAUAACGACACAACCAUGCGCAUAAUGACCAACCUCCUUACCUUUUCACACCACCACCACAAGCGACGCGAAUCGAUGGCUACUUCAGCCAGCUCCCUUCCAACCGCCAACCCGAAUUAUGCCAAAGUACCGGUCCUUACGCGUAGAAGCACGGUGUUCAUCGAAGGUCCAACGGAUACUACAUUUGCUCAGCGGAAAGUAGCAGAAGCGUAUGUGUUUGGGCGCGACGGCGAAAGCGUAGGUGCUAUAUGUGAGGCAAACGCAAAAGUGGCGCAUGAACAUGGGCAGUGGAGCCAUGAACGAGUGUGGAUGACACUAAGAGGCUUGUUCCCCACAUCAGUGACCAAGGGCGCAGGUCCAAGCACGGUUGCGCGGAAAAUCAUUGAUUCGCUAUAUAAGGAGUACUGUGCAAGUCAUGAUGUCCAGAUGCUUGCAAUGCUUGGUAUAAUUUUACUCAGAGCUUUCGCUUCGCUUCCUGAUACUGUGCCAAAUACACCCUCUGCAAAUGAACCGUCGUCAAUUUCACCGACCCCCGAAGAAGAUUACUUCUCGUUAGUGCGGCGGAAAGGCCCUCGUGCGGGAGCCCUCUCUCCCGGUUGGCCGCGGCUCUCAUCGACAUCUCCAACAGCUCCACCCCUUAUGAUUUCGUCGCUUUCGAUGUCUAACUCCUCCCGCGGUUCGUGGUCUAGCCUGUUCAAUACUGGCAGCAUGCGACAGUUUAUGUCCGGCGUGCAGGAAAGUAUCUCGACCCCUCUUUCGAUAGAUACCCUUCAACUCCCCACGAGGACCCCAAUGCCUAUGCCUUCACCGUUGCCUGGUAGCGAAAGUGCAGGUUCUGUAGUACUGAGGCUACCAAAUCUAGACACACCGAGGCGACGCAAAGGGUCGACAUUAAUGGCACCAAUUUCAAAAUCAUGGUCAGAUACAUCUGUCUUGGCAACACCUGCGCCUGCCGCACCCCUUUCACCGGCGGUACAUGGGCGUCGACCGACUUUUUCGCAGGUUAUCAGCCCAAAGCAAGUGAUCCAUGAAAAGAGGUUGGUCAUAGAAGAAGAACCUAUCGAAGAAAAACCAGCCGCAUAUGAUCAACAGAUCCUUUCUCAGUUCAAGUGCCAUGUUCUUGCAUAUGCGGAGAUGCUCUUUAGAUGGGAACUCCUGAACAAGCGACUUGAACUGCUGAAGAGUGCCAAAAUCACGACCCUCCACUCCAAUAACCGAGAGGCUAUCUUCGAUGUGCAGCAUGCCUGUGGGAAGUGCAACCGCACUCUUGACCCCCACAUAGAAACAUGUUCAUGUUGCGGACUGCGGACUCUUAAGCCGCGGUGCUCUUUGUGCCGUUUACCUGUGAAAGGUCUCUCACGCACUUGUGGAAACUGCCUCCACGUCACUCACUUGGGAUGCUGGCGAGAUGCUAUGUCGAAUGUGUGUGGCUCUGGGUGUGGAUGUCGGUGUAGAGGAGAGCUGCGUCCCGACUCACAAGCACCUAUAGUGCAAUCCCCGACACCUCCACCUUCAGCGUUAUCAAGAUAGGAUCAAAUGUCCCUAGACUCAGAGACUAGAACACACAUGAUGCCUGGGUGCUUGCUGAGCGGUCAUUCAUGUACCGUUUAGGCUGGGCCUCUUGGCUUGGGAAUAAUGUUUGGUUUGUAUUGUUGGAAUGGUGCUUGUCUUUAUUGCUAUAAUAUGCGUAUCCAUUUGCAGAACUCACCCG